AUGGCGAGCGGUAUUGCAACAGUGAAGGAAGUUGUGUCGGGCGACACAUUCGUCCUCGUCGGGGCGCCUAAAGGGGGGCCGCCGCCGGAGAAGCGGCUGUCCCUCGCGUCCGUGCAGGCGCCGCGCGUGGCGAUGAAGUCGCUGAGUCACGAGCUGCAAGACGAGCCUUACGGCUGGGCUGCUCGGGAGUGCAUGCGGAACCGGUUGAUCGGCCAGCAAGUCGAGUUCAAAGUGGACUACGUGCUGAGCAACAAGGAAUACGGAACCAUCAAAUUCAACGGCGAGAACAUUGCCUGCAGCCUCCUCAAACAGGGGCUCGCGAAGCUGAAGCCAAACAGGAACCCGCCGUGCGCCCCCGACAUCGAAGAACUCGAGCAGUGCCAGGACUUCGCCGAGCAGCGGCAGCUCGGCGUGUGGGCUGCGGACCCUGCGGCGGGGAGUGGGACGGUGCGCGAGAUGAAGUGGGCGGUGAACGACACGGCGUUCGUCAAGGCCUUUGUGGCGGAAAACAAGGGAAAGAAACUCCCGGGAAUCGUCGAGUACGUCCGCGACGGCGGUUGCAUGCGCGUGGCCCUCCUGCUUCCGCAGAAACCAGGAGAACCUCUCAAAGUCGUCUACCUCCCCAUCCUCCUCUCAGGCAUCCAGUGUGACGGUUUCAAGCGCGAGCAACAGGAAGGCUCGACUGAGUUCAAAGUGGUCCCAGAGCCCUACGCAGUCGAGGCGCGUUUCUUCGUGGAGAUUCGAUUGCUGAACCGGGAUGUAGAAGUUCGCAUAGAAGGCUGCGAUGAAUAUGGCAACGUGAACGGGACGGUCUACCACCCAAAGGGGAACAUUAGCGUCUUGCUCCUGCAGAACGGCCUCGCGAAGAUCCAAACUGGAACAUUGAGCCUGACCGAGUGCGCGUCUCAACUCUCACAAGCCAUGCGAGAGGCCCAGCAGAAGCAACUGCGAAAGUGGAAGGGCUGGUCGUCUUCGACGUCGGCGGUCGCCUCGAAGAAUUACAUGGCUCAGGUUGCAGAAAUUUUGAGCGGAGACAGCGUCGUUCUGCGACUCCCAGACGGCAGCGAACGGCGCGUGUACCUCGCCAGCAUCCGGUGUCCGCGUGCUGCCGGUGUCGGCAAGACUGCGUCUCGCGAGGAAGAAAGCAUCGCGUUCGAAACGAAGGAAUUCGUUCGCAAAAAGCUCAUCGGGAAGAACGUCAAGGUCUUCGUGGAGUACCUUCGAGAGCCGCUCCCGAGCGCGUCGGGCGCGGCGUUGCCGCCCGCGAGCGACGACCAGGGACGCAUGCACUUUGUCAGUUUGUGGAUUCCAAACAGCCCGAAGGACACCGAUCCCACGCAAACGAAAAACGGCCAGAACAUUGCCGAGUUGCUUCUCCAAGCUGGACUCGCCAAGACUAUCCCCCACCGAGCCGACGACGAACGCGCCGCUGAGUACGAGAAAUAUCUGGAGCUGGAGCAAGUCGCAACUCAGCAGAAGAAGGGUUUGCAUGCGCCGCCUCAGCAGUGGAAAGUCCACCGCAUCAUCGACUUGCUCGGCCCCACAAACGCCCAACGCGCCAAUGCGUAUUUCCAACAACUCGAGAGAAUCCCGAAACUCGACGGUGUCGUGGACCAUGUCUUCGGCCCUGGCAGAUUCAAGAUUCGAAUUCCUUCGCAAAACAUUGCGAUUUCGUUUGUGUUGGGAGGCCUUCGGUGCCCCCAGACUGCACCUCGCCCAGGGUCGUUUGCGGCGACUGCGCGGCCAGGCAAGGCUCGCGAGGCAGAGCCGUUUGGGGAGGAGGCGCUGAGUUUCUCCCGCGCGCGGGUGUUGCAGCGCGACGUGCAGGUGAAAGUUGAGUCCGUGGACAAGGGCGGAAACUUUAUCGGCAACUUCUGGUACGGUCAGGGCAAGCAAAACCUCGCAGUCGACCUCCUUGAGCUCGGCUACGCCCACACCGUCGAUUUCUCGCUCGCCAGGUGUUCGUUGCGCGAGUUGCUCACGGCGGCGGAGGCAAAGGCGAAGGCUGCUCGGAUGAACAUUUGGAGUCUCCCGGGAGCUCUGGAGGCGGAGGAAAACGCGGCGAAAGAAGUCCAAGUCGACGAAGUCCUCCCCCACGUGACUGUGACCCACGUCGAGGGCGUCGACAGCUUCUUCAUUCAGGAUCCAUCGAGUGCUGAUUUGCAGAGUGUCAUGUCGACGCUCGGGAAGUACGGCGCUGAAGGAUCCUCGAACCUCGAUGACACGUACACGCCGGGAGGGUUGCCGCGGAAAGGCGAAGUUGUCAUUUGCAAAUUUUCGGCAGACAACCUGUGGUACCGCGGGCGCGUCGACGCGAGAGACAGCAGCGGGAAAGAGCCGCAGAUUUCCGUUUUUUAUAUCGACUUUGGAAACCGGGAAACUCUGCCCCUCCACGCAGUGCGCAGGUGUCCAGACGCUGUGGCCACAAGCAAGUUUCCGCCACAGGCGAAGCAGUGCUGUCUCUCAGGUCUUUUACCGCCGCCAGAAAUGGAAUUUGAAGCGGCUUCCUACUUGGAUGAAGUGACACAAAACCUCGUUUUCCAGUGCAAAGUCGAGAAGAUCGACAUCCAGAAGAGGCGGCAUUGCAUCCUCACACCGCAAGAAGACCUCGGAACAGGAAAGACUGGAAACACCGUGAACGAAAAGAUGCUCCGAAAAGGUUUGGCGUGCUUGGACAAAAAGUCCAACACGAAAUACUUCCACCGAUUCCAAGUUGAGGAAGAAGCCGCUCGCAAGGCUCACGUGAACGUAUGGAGAUACGGCGACUGCGGAGGAGACGAUGAAGAGGACUACCCCUCUCUCAACGGGCGAGGGUAG